AUGUCAACGCCUACUGCGGACAUCGAUGAGGCGACGUCAACUGUUACUUCUCGUUCUCGUCGGCCGAAGACAACCGUUGUUACCCAGGUGGAUUCUGUUAGCUCCACUACCGUCACCCAACGUGUCACAGCGUCCGCGUCCGCCGCUCCAGAAGAAUCACUUGUGUCGCAGCUUGUAUCUUCCCAAGCAAGUGACAAGCGAACCACCCAAACACUCGCCGGUACACUCGCUUCCGUGCUUAGUAUGGUGGCAUUGUAUCUCGGCUAUCGAGUCAUCAUGAACGCCAAAGCACGGCGAGUGAAAUCGACGACUGGUGAGAGCUACGCCCGGAUUAUCGGGGGCCCAGGUUCGUUGCUUUCGCCUGCGCCAUCUCCCGGCUUUCGGUAUGGCCAGGAGCGAGAGGUACCUACUUCCUCCCCAUUUACCGGCAUAGAAGAGCAUGGCAUGGUCUCGCUGACAAGUCACCGCUUGGCAAGCAAUGGUGGGAUGUCCGGAGAGCGAGAAGUUAUCGCGCCCGCCCGGACUCCCGCCGAAGCGCGAACGAUCCACAGUUCGACCUCGAGUCAUGCUGGGUCGACUUCGACUCCUCCUUCGUACCGAUCAUCCGAUAAUGAUCAUGCUGAGGGAGGGGCAACAACGCCGACGCCAGACGAUCCUUUUGCUGACACAGCGGCUUACGAGUCUGCGCGGUCGCAAGGAACCGCGGGACUACCAUCGCCUCCCGCUUGCGCGCGGACGACGUCUUCUGCUGCCUGGACUGAUAUUUCUUCAGUUGCAACCCUGCCUUCGUACCGUUCGUUCGAAGGCGCUGGAUAUGGCCGAACUGAAUAA